AUGACUGCGCUGAAUUCUUCGGAUCCAAACUUUGAUGUUUACCUAUCGAUAAUUCAAGACAAAGGCUACUUGUUGACUUUAGCAUUCGUUGGAUUUUUUCUGGCCCUCACUAUUAUCAUAGGAAACUCACUUCUCCUCUUCAUAACUUACAAGGAUCCUCGAAAAACGCUUCGUACUCCGCCCUGUUUAUUGAUAACCAAUUUGAGCGCUUCUGACUUACUUCUUGGGCUGUUAAACGUCUCGCUUGUGGCGGUGAGAGAUGUGUAUCGUUACAAACAAGUAAAUAUGCCUUUCCUGGAAUUAUUCAGAGGAAUUAUGUCUACUGUUUUCAUUACAACAAUUUUCGUCAGUUGUUACUCAAUAGUUGCUAUGUCAACAAGUUGUUUUGUGGCCAUUAACAAGCCAAUGGAAUAUAAAACAAUCAUCACUAAAAAAAGAGUCAAGAUAUUUAUCGGUGUUUUGUGGGUGAUCUCUUUGUUGAUCUGUGUUCUACCUGUGGCGAACGUUCCUGAGAAAACUUAUACCAUGAUUUAUCUUCACACGCACGCAACUGUACCAGCCAUUUUGUUGACUGUGAUUUACACGAACGUGUUUCGCGCUCUCUCGAGACGUACACGCGAAGUUCAGAGAGAGGGCUACAACUCUGUAGCGAGUAAAGCACUGGAAAGUGAGAAAAAAAUGAUCAAAGCAAUUGUCAUAAUUCUUGGAUUAUUCUACAUCACAUACAUGCCUCAGUAUGUAUCUCUCCAUCUAUUGCACUUUUGUGAAUCAUGCAAGAAGUCGUUAACUUUCCACAUGAUUGAUGUAGCCUUGUCUAGAUUUUUAUAUAUAAGUUCCGCUAUCAAUCCCUUCGUAUAUGCUUGGAGAGUACCGAAGUAUAACCAGGCCUUUCAAGAUUGCUGGAAGAUGUGCCGUGGUAAACUGAUAAAUACCUCCCCUAAAUCGUUUGCUUUCUCACUUCGUCAAAGUCAGCUGCAAAGUGGCAUUGAAAUGUCUCUGGGGGGACAGAGCACAAAGCAAGCCAACUGAAUCAACCAAGCUUUGAUUUAUCAGUCACAAUUGUGCGAAAUCCUUGAUAUAUUUCGAUUGUAUUAAGGCAUUGUUAAAAAAUCUAAUAUAUUCAAUUUAUCAUUACUUUUUGAUACUGGCUUGAAAAAAAGCUUUAGGAUUUUAGGCCUAGGCCAAACUUCGAACUUCAAUGAGUCUUACCAAACUCUUACUUAGGUGAACGUAAAUUAAGUUAAGAUCGUCUGUUGGGUCAGAUGUCGAACUUAGGAUGCGUUGAACGAAUCAACUGAAUAAGAGUGAAAAGCAAUUUUAAUAAAUUUUUUCCCGAGCCAGGCUAAAUAUACAUUAUCAUACAAAUUUUUAGUUUAUCAGUCUAGUUCGUCGCAUGUAUAGAUGUGACUUUUGUCUUGGAGACGAUCUUCAGACGUUCUAUGAUCUUCUACCCGCAAGCAGGCGGAUAGAACGCGUUGGACGAUCCAAACUCAUUCAGACGAACUUAACUGAGCCAGACGUCGAACUUUUCAUGAACUUCAUAUUCGCUAAGUUUGGUUCGUCUCAUGAAAAGUUUUACGUUUGGCCUAGGCAUUAGUACCCUUACUGCUUUGACAUUCUUCAGCUAGAAAAAUGUACUGGACCCGCUGGCUAACGGUUUAGUUGUUCGGAUAUGUAUACGAAUUAAACUCGGAAUGAUUUUGAAUGAAUAAUAAAGCAAUUAAUGAAUUCGGCUUUCGUAGGAUAUUAAGAAUUAAGCAGAUCUCGGAGGAUGUUAUGCACCUCGGCCGAUAACACCUUCCUCGAUCUGCUUAAUUCUUCGUAUCCUACUCAGCCUCAUUCAUUAAUUGCUAAAUAUUUGCAUUAUAUGCGUUUACUGCUCAUACUGAGAUGUCUGAGAUCUACUGACACAGGGCGAGGAGACUCAAGUGAUUCGAGUUAACAUUUGCGUGACGCAGCGCUCCCCGUCAGCUCAACGUCCAUCAGAAAACACUUGAAAACAGCUUUGUUAGAUCAUCAGCGCACUGAUGUUGCCCUGUGUUAAAAAUAGUCUUCAUUCAACCGAUUUCUUAAAUACUCAGUAGUCUAUAUAAAUAGAGGGUGUGAAUGGGGUAAACCAACUAGCGCCGAAAGGGCGAAAAAUAUUACUGAGUACCGACAGAACAAGAAAAAUAUUAACCGACAUUAUCGACAUUUGUUUCAUAAAGAAGAGCACUUUGUAAAUUUUUUCUAGCUUAAAAGGUGAUCACAUCACGUUUAUGACUUACCAGAUGGUCCAGUGGAAAGAAUUUCCUCUUUUAUUGAUAACUGACAUUCUACAACCAAUAUCGAAAUCACGGAAGUCAUACCUUAAUAGAUACUACCGACUUUAUAAAUUAUAUUUUUUAAAAAAGGUGAAAAACCGAACAUUUCUUCUUUUGAUGGACGUCACAAGUCUUGGCAAAUAUAUCAGAAAACGAGGGUAUUGAAAUAGUUUGCGGAGCGUAUGAAAAUGUCUACAAAGACAACCUUCCUAUUCCUACACAUUACCUGCGAGAAAUGCUUAGAUUAAUCCUCAAAGAAAAUUUUUUCCAGUUCAAAGGAAAGCACCACCGACAAACCGCGAUGGACAAAAAGACAGCAGUUUCCUUUGCCAACAUUUUCAUGGCAUAUAUUAAAACACAAAUUCUCAGUAAGCAAAACCGACAGUCUUUUAACGAACAGUUUGGAAUAGACCCGUGGGACGUACGUAAAUCAGACAUCGCAGCUUUCUUCGCUCAAGCAAACUUCAGUGAAACUUACAUCACCCUAAUAUUUAAUUCACGGCCGAAAUAUCUGAGACUGAGACUGUGUUUUUAGACACGGUUAUAAAUAUACAAAGGCGCAAGAUUCAGGUAUCCUUUCAUGAUGUGAAGACACAUAAAAAAAAACUUUCCAGUACACACAUUUCACCUUUUGUCACCCACAAAGUGUUAAAAUGAAGCCUUCCAAACUCCUCUGAAGCAACGUUUAAGGAAAGUAUCCCGGCGUCGACGCCAUAUGUGGGUUGAGUUUGUUGUUGGUUCUCUCCUUUGCUCCGAUAGGUUUUUCUCCGGGUACUUCGGUUUUCCCCUCUCCUCAAAAACCAGCAUUUCCAAAUUCCAAUUCGACCAGGAAUCAGGUAGACGAAGAAACACUUUGUGGAUGUGCUACCUCCAAAUCAUUAUUUAGUUACACUGUAAUUUUCAGGGAGUUAUAAUAACUCCUCUAGUGGGGCUAAUUUAACUCCUGACAGUGGAGUUAUUUUUCGUAGAGUUAUUUUAACUCCAAAAAGGAGUUUAAAGAACUCUUUUUCAGGAGUAAAAGUGACCCCAGAUAUUGAGGAGUUAAAAUAACCCCAAAAAAGGAGUUAUCCUGUACCUAAAAGUUUUACUCCACUUUCAGAGUUAAAUUAACUCCAAAAAGAGUAAAAACAACCUAUGUAAGGAGUACAAGUAACCCCAUUACGCAGUAAUUUGAACUCCAGACUGGGAGUAAAAAGAACUCUUUUUCAGGAGUAAAAAUGACCCCAAAUUCGGAGUUAAAUUAGGAGUUAAAAUAACCCCAAAAAUGGGGUUAUCCUGUACCUAAAAUUUUUACUCCAUUUUUGGAGUUAUAAUAACUCCCUAAAAAUUGCGGUGUAUUUAUUUAUUUUAUUUAAGUAUUUCAAACGUCAAAAAUGCUUGGUGGGCAGAGGCUACCCACACAAUUUGAAAGAAAAGCUGUUAUCAGAAAUAUAACUCAAGGAAGUCCUCGCUCCUGAUCGAAACAAAACAACAAGGAAGUGAAAGAAAUAUGGCCUUUCGUGACACAAUACUAACUCUUAGUGUCUACUAUAAAAGAAGCUUUGAUGAAAAAGUGGAAACUCAUACAAAACCAAUCACUACUUUACCAAAUGUUUAAAGAACGACCUAUACCUAGCCUGAAUAAAUAGCCUAUACCUUCAGGUAUAGAAUAUACCCUAUACCUGAAUGAACAGUUAUUUCAAAAGCGUAGUGGACCAUUAGCAAAACUGGUGACAUGACUGUUUUCAAAUCAAUUUCUUAUGACUAAUGGGUAUAGGCAAAUUCAUUCGUUGUAGUGCUAACAAUUAAAACCUCUUUCAAUUUAUAUGGAAAACAUUACAGAUGUGAUCACCGCGGAUGUCUCCUCAAAAAAAAAUCGUCUCACGCAACAUUAACCGGAGAGGCUGUGUGGCUCUAGACUCCUCUAGUCGUCAUCAAACGAGUUUGGUCGAUUGAAAAAGAACUAGGACUGUCAGGAGAAGGGGUAUGUAUUUUUUUUUUAAACUUUAGGAAAAGGAUUAAACUUGGCAUACGAAUUUUCAUUGCUUCCGAUAGAUGUAUAAGCAAUACAUAUUAAGAUGUCAUUGUAAUGGUACAAAUACUUUACACGCCAAUCAAACUUUAAUGCAUUUCUAGGUAUCAUGAUCUACAAUACCAUGUAAAUAUAGGGUACUUAUGUAGAGAAGAUCUCUCCCUGGUCUCCCUAUGAAAUGGCAUUUUUCAAAGGUCUGUUGUCUCAGGAAGCGUUCGCAUAAUAUUAGGGCUGCUUUUAAGUAAUUGAAAACAUUUUCGAGGUCAUUUCAGUUCAUCACGUUAGUUCUCAGUGAUCCAAGAUGACUGCGCUGAAUUCUUCGGAUCCAAACUUUGAUUUUUACCUGUCGAUAAUUCAAGACAAAGGCUACUGGUUGACUUUAGCAUUCGUUGGAUUUUUUCUGGCCCUCACUAUUAUCAUAGGAAACUCACUUCUCCUCUUCAUAACUUACAAGGAUCCUCGAAAAACGCUUCGUACACCGCCCUGUUUAUUGAUCACCAAUUUGAGCGCUUCUGACUUACUUCUUGGGCUGUUAAACGUCUCGCUUGUGGCGGUGAGAGAUGUGUAUCGUUACAAACAAGUAAAUAUGCCUUUCCUUGAAUUAUUCAGAGGAAUUAUAUCUACUGUUUUCAUUACAAUUUUCGUCAGUUGUUACUCAAUAGUUGCUAUGUCAACAAGUUGCUUUGUGGCGAUUAAAAAGCCAAUGGAAUAUAAAACAAUCAUCACGAAAAAAAGAGUCAAGAUAUUUAUCGGUGUUUUAUGGGUGAUCUCUUUGUUGAUCUGUAUUCUACCUAUGACGAACGUGCCUGAGAAAACUUAUAUGAUGAUUUAUCUUCACACGCACGGAACUGUACCAGCCAUUUUGUUGACUGUGAUUUACACGAACGUGUUUCGCGCUCUCUCGAGACGUACACGCGAAGUUCAAAGAGAGGGCUACAACUCUGUAGCGAGUAAAGCACUGGAAAGUGAGAAAAAAAUGAUCAAAGCAAUCGCCAUAAUUCUUGGAUUAUUCUACAUCACAUACAUGCCUCAGUAUGUAUCUCUCCAUCUAUUGCACUUUUGUGAAUCAUGCAAUAAGUCGUUAACUUUCCACAUGAUUGAUGUAGCCUUGUCUAGGUUUCUAUACAUAAGUUCCGCAAUCAAUCCCUUCGUGUAUGCUUGGAGAGUACCGAAGUAUAACCAGGCCUUUCAAGAUUGCUGGAAGAUGUGCCGUAGUAAACUGAGAAUUACUUCGCCUUAA